CCUUGUCAGAAACAAGCAUGCGACAUACAGAAAUGCUUGCAAGCUUGUUUGUAAACCAUGUCAAUAUUUAGAAGCACAGUUUGGUUUGUUAAAGGACUCAAAGAAUAUACAAGGAGUGGCUAUGCAUCUGCUAGCAAGGACUUUAACCCAGGUGACCUUGAUGUACUAAUAAAUGACAGGAGUUACAUGAUCACCGGAGCAAACAGCGGCCUUGGAAAGGCCACCGCAUUAAGUCUUGCUCAGAAAGGGGGAACUGUACAUCUUGUUUGUCGUAGUAAGGAGAGAGGCGAGGAAGCCAAAACAGAAAUAGUCGAGACCACUGGAAAUCAGAAUAUUCACCUGCACCAGUUGGACACAUCAAAACCCAGGGAUAUAUAUCACUUUGCAAAGACAUUUGAAGAAUCUGGGCAGUCUUUGGAUGUUUUGAUAAACAAUGCUGGAUGUAUGGUAAACACAAGAGAGCUUACAGAGGAUGGACUGGAGAAGAAUUUUGCCACAAACACAUUAGGUACCCAUAUAUUGACCACAGCAUUGAUUCCUGUGUUGUCCAAAUCCAGUAAACCAAGAGUGAUAAUUGUUUCAUCAGGAGGCAUGUUGACCCAAUCACUGAACAUUACUGAUCUACAGUUUGAAAAGAUGAAAAAGUUUGAUGGUACAGUAGCCUAUGCACAGAACAAACGACAACAGAUUAUCAUGACAGAGCAGUAUGCACAAAAAUAUCCCAGUAUUCAUUUCUCCGUCAUGCACCCAGGAUGGAGUGAUACACCAGCUGUACAAUCAUCAAUGCCUCAGUUUUAUGAGAAGAUGAAGUCCAGAUUACGGACAGUAGAAGAAGGGGCAGACACUAUCAUAUGGCUAGCUGUAGCUGAAAAUCCGCUCAAACUGAAAAGUGGCUGUUUCUUUCAAGACAGGAAAGUUGUAUCCACCCACUUACCAUUAGCUUGGACCAAAUCCACACCAGAACAAGACCAGUCACUCAUGACACAACUAGAGGAUCUUUCUAGGCGGUUCCAGACUGAAGGAGCAUUUGGAAAAUCAUAGAAGUGUUCAUAUAUUUACCAAGUGACUGUUGUGUUUGACCCAGAAACUCUCAUAUGUGAUACAAAUAAUAUUUAAAACUAUAUCUUUGCAAUGUAAGUUUUCUACCUAAACUUGCCGUAUUUACCUCAGAAAUAUUUUAAUAUCAAAAUUUUGGUAUCAUGGUUACAUGUGCUGUAAAUUCCAUUACACAUCAAAUCACCAACAGUUUUAUGUGUGCAUUAUGUAGAAUUACCAUUCACUUGAGACAUAAAGCAAGUAGAUAAUAUUACAUACUCUAAUAAUAAUUUUCCCCUUGAUUUUCCCUUUCUGCUGGUAACAUUCUUUUAUAUGUAAUUUAACUUACAUAUGUAUAGAGGAUACCUUUCCCCUUCAGUGUAAGAUGGAAGUAUCUUUCAUUAAGUGAACAACUGAUGCAAUAUUUUCAGCUUGACUUCUUAAAAUUUUCCAAUCAGUUAAGCUUUUGUAAACAUCCUUUUAUCAGUGUUGGCAUCUCAAAAAACAAGUCAUCAAAAUAUUUUCAAUUUUUCACAUAUUUUCGGCAUUUUUAGUUGACAUCGCAGAAUGAGUUAAAUACAUGUAACUCUAGCUUUUAUUUUAUCAAAGGUAUGCCCUUUGCUAACUUACAAUUUCAGGUUUGCACUACUAACCAGUAUUUCAAGUUAAAGAUAAGCAUGUAAGCAGGUUGCGAAAGCUUCCUUAAUACUAUGUUUGCUUUUAUUUCAUUGAAUUAUCUCAACUAGAAUCUAGUCCUUGUUAUGAGUGGCAUAGCCAGGAAUGAAAAUGCAAGAUGUGGUGUUUAACAUGUGAAUUUCAAAUCUUUUAUUGUACUUGUAAAAGAACAAUUUUUUCUUAUUUCGCUUCAUGUUUUCCAAUUGUCUUUUUUCGGUAAGAAAUACAUAUAUAUUGUUUUUUUGAUAUUUCCAUAAUUCACUUUAACCCUUAGCCUGCUGCAUGCGAAUUUAACAGCCUUUGCAAACAGCUUGGAACCAGAUCAGACGCCGAUUAAAUCGGCGUCUGAUCAGGUUCCAAGCUGUUUGCUACUCUGACAAUAUUUCUUCCAGUUUUGGAGCAAAUUGAAUGAACUUUUAGCAGACGACAUUUCCAGCAGACGACAAUUUAUCUAGCAUGCUAAAGGUUAAAACAUGUGAUAAUAUAUACUUAUCAAAUUGUAAGGUGUCUCUUAUGUACGGGUAGUCAUUAGUGCAGUUGAACCUGUAUCAGUAUAGCUUUAACCACUUAAUGAACACAACUGGUGCUCAGUUGUUUUAUUUUUACAAUAAGGCAAUCAAGACUACAGGAUAAUACUAGAAAUUUUUUAAUUAUUCUCUUUAAUUGAGAAUACAUGGAACUGUAUAACACAAUGCCAAUGAUCUCUUAUUGUCUACACACAGUUAUUAGCAUGGGUUGUAGAAUUCUGUCUGUACAAAGUAGUUACUUCUUAUUGUAAGGUAUAUGGUAAUUUAACAAACCUAUUUACCGGGUAUUUAACUUCAGUCAGAAAAGAUAAGUUCACUGAGUCUCUCUUUCAUUGGUCCUUUUACAAGCAACUCAUUGCCGGCUUUACUUCUUGAUUAGAAAUUGGCCUACUCAAAACAAACAAUGAAAUAUUUUUGUUAUUACACAUUAUAAUCAUGAAUGUAAUGGUUUGCAUUUUCUAUAACAGGUUAGUGACAAUGGUCUUGCAACUUUUAAUUAAUUUAUAUAACAGUUUUAUAAGCAGUACUGUUAUUUUAUGCAGAUAGCCAGUAUCUUCUUCCACUGCAUUAACCAGGAGUGUUGAGAGAAAAUCAGUGCAUAAGUUGCAUUGUUGGUUGGGUAUCAUGCCACUGUUAAUUUUUAUUAGCUUAUUUCUUUUCUUUCCCAUACAAUUAGAGCAAUUUCUAUAUUUAAGAAAACUAUUUUGUGAAUUAUUUUGAAAUUGAGAUAAAAAAUUGUAUAACUCAUACCUUGCAAGUAAUCUAGUUCACCCAUAUUUGAUUUGACCCUGCAGAAAAAGUGUAUUACAUAAUGGCUGUGUCAGAGUAACUGCAAGAAUAUUUAUACAUGUUUUUAUCAGGUUAUCUGCCUGAAUGAGUCCAGACCAGUGUUCAAGCCAUUGAUGCUGGAGGGAACCGUGUUUCACGGUGGGCUAGUGACCACCACUUGUUUUCCCAUAUUCAUAACUUAAUCAUGACAUCAGACAUUCUAACUGACCAAUCAGAGAGCUGCAUUUUCAAGCACCUUCCAGUUUCCACUUUAAAAUUGGUAAAACCACAUAUUUUUUCAAUGAACAUUACGAGGGUUCAACGCAAUAAGGGCGUAUCUACAUAUGAUUAUUAUAUGUAGAUAUGCCCUUAUUGCGGUGAACCCUCGAUUAGUGACUUCAGAAAUGAAUAUCACAUUUUUUUCAGAAGUCAUAUGAGAUUUUUGACUUCACAUCCCAAAGACCAAGCUACAAAGUACAAAACUAAGAAGUUCCAUUGAAAAAUUAUGUGGAUUUGAUACUUUGAUUUUAGUUUAAAGUAUGAUAUUUUACACAAGGAGUCUAAGAUAAAGUCCGAGUAAAAUGCAAUCAUUACCCAAGUGAAAUUUGUAUCAUUCCGCAAUGUUUUGGACAUGUCAGAAUUAUGAAUACUACUAUUGUAACAUUACAGAGCAUACAGCCUUCCAUAAAUCUCAAACCCGCCCGCUUAGCUCAGUAGGUAGAGUGUCGGUCUACGGAUUGCGGGGUCGCGAGUUGGAUCCUCGGGCGGGGCGUAUGUUCUCUGUGUCUAUUUGAUAAACAACAUUGUGUCUGAAAUCAUUAGUCCGCCACCUCUGAUUCAUGUGGGGAAGUUGGCAGUUACUUGCGGAGAACAGGUUUGUACUAGUACAGAAUCCAGGAACACUGGUUAGGUUAACUGCCUGCUGAUACAUGACUGAAAUACUGUUGAAAAACUGCGUUAAACCCAAAACAAACAAACAAAAUAAAUCGCAAUGUGUAUCUGAUCAUAUCUUUUACAAGAACUUAGUUCUUCCAUUAUUUCUUCUAAAAUAAUGAAGGAAAAGGUAUGAAUAGUGAUACUUUAUUAAAGUAUUUUUUUGCUUGUUUACAUUGUUGGCAUAGUUGGAGGAAACUUUUUCAUGAAACUUCUCUCAAUACAGAUCAAAUUUUGUUAAUAUUGUCAUAAUGUAUAAUAAUGCAAAUGCAGUAAAUGGGUUCAAGUUUGAAAAAAAAUAUUCUUGUUUGUUUACAUUGCUGACCAAUCAGAAUUAUUCACGGUGCCAAAUGUUGCAUUUUUUUUUGAGUUUUAAAUUCAUGGUGUCUUGAUUUCGCGGAAACUACUUCGACCGCAAAUUAUAAACCUUGGUGGUAAAGAAAAGAAAGGGAGGUCACUCUUCCUAGACAUGCAAAUAAUAACAGACAUGCAAGUCUGUCGUUGUCGUCUGAAUAGAGACGCAUAUAUAAUACUAGUAAUAAUUCAACACUUGUGCGAAAUUGAAAUAAUCUCACAACUGUUUUACUAAUAUUUAAUCACUUAUCGAAACACAUGGUUAGUAGCUACUUAUGAUGUGCUCUUACAAACCCCGUGUUUAUAUUUAAUUCAGCAAUUACAAUGGAAAUGAAUAAAAAUAAAAUUAUCUCACCGAGUCUGCUAAGCUUAUUAUUUGACUGAUUCAUUACACAUGACAAGUUGUACACAUACAAUUUCCUGGAUUUCUUUUUAUCUUUUGUCACAUUUGGUUCUUGUGUUCUUGGUGUUAUGUGUAUUCUAAUCUAUGAAAAUGUCGGAUAUUAUGGACAAAUAAAGGCAAGUGCGGUAUUAAAAGGCCGCCUUUAAUAAUUUUGCCGGAUCCAACAUAAUUUAAUGAUGAUGAAAAGGCAACUGCAAUUAUCAGAAAUCAGUUUGUAAAGUAUAACCGCUGUAUAACAAUACAAAGUUUUUCACACCUUUGUUUCUCAUGUGUACAAUUUAUAUAGUCAUAGGAUUGAAGCAAUAACUGAUUAAGGGAAUACUAUCAUCAGACAGUAAACACAAAAUCACCCUGUUAUUGGCUGUCCCUUUGUGAAAUGUGUAUGUUUUCCGUAACAAAAAACUGCGGUGUUUAGGUUUCGCGCUGUCAAUGUUGACCGUGAAUAUAGCGAAAAUUAAACCUCCGCGAAUAUAACCCACUAUACAGUAUAAGUCCUAUAUUCUAGGAGAAUUUCCAUUUCUAUGUCUACAUGUCAUGCACUGAAUUUUUGUAAUGGUUUGAUAUUUAUUCUGUUUGCUGGCAGGGUAUAUAAUGCAAGUAGCAAUGAUAUUAAUUAUGUUGUUUGACAUAAAGAAAACUUUUAUACAUGUGUUUAGACUAUUUAUAAGUUUGUUUUUAGCUCACCUGUCACAUAGUGACAAGGUGAGCUUUUGUGAUCGCCCUUUGUCCGUCGUACGUCCACAAUUUUUUGUCUGCAUGAUAGUGGUUUCAUUUAUGAUUUUAUUUUAACCAAACUUGCACACAACUUGUAUCACCAUAAGAUCUCGGUUCCUUUCUUGAACUGGCCAGAUCCCCUUAUGGGUUCCAGAGUUAUGGCCCCUGAAAGGGCCGAAAUUAGCUAUUUUGACCUUGUCUGCACAAUAGCAGCUUCAUUUAUGAUUUGAAUUUAAUCAAACUUGUACAAAACUUGUGUCACCAUAAGAUCUUGGUUCCUUUCUUGAACCGGCCAGAUCCCAUUAUGAGUUUCAGAGUUAUGGCCCCUGAAAGGGCCAAAAUUAGCUAUUUUGACAUUGUCUGCGCAAUAGCAGCUUCAUUUAUGAUUUGAUUUUAACCAAACUUGCACACAAAUUGUAUCACCACAAGAUCUUGGUUCCUCUCUUGAACUGGCCAGAUUCCAUUAUGGGUUCCAGAGUUAUGGUCCCUGAUAGGGCCAGAAUUAGCUAUUUUGACCAUGUCUGCACAAUAGCAGCUUCAUUUAUGAUUUGAAUUUAAUCAAACUUGCACAGAAACUUGUGUCACCAUAAGAUCUUGGUUCCUUUCUUGAACUGGCCAGAUCCCAUAAUGGGUUCCAGAGUUAUGGCCCCUGAAAGGGCCAAAUUAGCUAUUUUGACUUUGUCUGCACAACAGCAGGUUCAUUUAUGAUUUGAUUUUAACCAAACUUGCACACAACUUGUAUCACCAUAAGAUCUCGAUUCCUUUUUAUACGCCCUAAGAGACGUAUGAUGUUAUUGCCUCCGUGUCCAUCUGUAUGUUUGUCUGUUGGUUAGCAAUUUCCCUUCCACUCUGUGACUCUUGAACACCUUGUAGGAUUUCAAAGAAACCUGACACAAAUGUUCACCUCAUCGAAUCGAUGUGCAGAGCACAUGUUUCGGAUGGCUCUCUUCAAGGUCAAGGUCACACUUAGGGGGUCAAAGAUCAUAUGACUUUGUUUUUUGUGUAUAUUGCUCUGCAUUUGCGUUGCAUUGCAGUGCUCUUGUUUUUAUUUGGCAGAUCCUUAUUAUUUUAAUUACUUCCCUUUUAUGUUACUAUAAAUAGCUUAUUUAGUAACUAUUUUAUUAUUGGCUAUAGAGAAAAGCCGAGACCACUUUCCUGUGGUACAAUAUGGAUGGUACCCUUAAUUUAUAGGUGUAUUUUGACAUAUCUGUACCUUUUAGAAAAUUUCAACUAUAUUUUCUCAUGAUUCUUUUAAUUGAUCUUGAUUAUGAUUUUUUGACUUUCUUGUCCUUAAGUGCAAUGAUGACAGGUGAGCGAUAUAGGGCCAGUAUGGCCCUCUUGUUUGAUGUUUAUAUUGUUUAUGUGAAAAAUGAUAAUAAUAAUUUAUAUGGAUCAAAUAGA